GUACGGUAUUUGUUAUUAAAAUGUAAAUAAUAUUGACAAAAAUUGCAUUAAUCACAGGAAUAUUUUAUAGUUUUGAUGUUAAAUGUAAUUCAAAAAAAUUCUAAUGGCUUACACUGAAAAAGUUUUGCUUAGUGGCACAGCACUUUCGUUCUUAUUUUACGAGUGUUUAAACUCCGAUAAUAGCCAGGAAGGAUUUCUAUUGGGAGACAUAAGUUCACGUGUAACUAAUCACAUAUCAGAUUCUCAAAAUGAUAACCCUCGACUUGACACUCAAAUAUUGGUUAGAAGUGUUUUGCCCCUACCGUCGGCAUCACUGUUUUAUCUUCCAACAGGAAAAUUGAGAGAAGAUGUUCUAUCGGAGAUUCUCGCUCAAGCCGCGUCCGACGUGGUGGGAUGGUACAAAUAUAGGAAGAACACUAGCAUCAAGCCGACAUUUCGAGAUAAGAAUGUAUCUAAAGGACUUCAGAGAUAUUUUGAAAAGUAUCAAGAAAAGAAAACUUUUGUCUCAUGUUUCCUGUCAAGUAAGGAGUCAUCGGCGUCAUCGACACACACUAUAGUAUAUAAAUUUGGUAAAAUUAACUGCUUUGACUACUAUGAAUACAUAGAAGAUGUCACUGGUAAUUUAGGAGAAAAAGUAACCGGUUACAAAAAGGCACAAAUGCCAUCGGCUCAUUGCAUAUUCAAUAGAAUUGUUAAAGAGAGCAACGUCCAUACCAACAACACCAAUGAUGCUAUAAUGCUAAUACAGAAAGCCGUAGAUGAGAGAUUAACAAAAGAAGCCAAAAUAGCAGCAAAAAAUGAGUGCACUAUAAGAGAACUCGAGAAUGAAAUCAAAGAGAUGACCAAAAUGCUGUGCGAACGGCAAUGUUUUGAAUUACAAGAAGCAUAUGAAACUAUGAUCAAGGAGAAAACUGUCAAUAGACAAGCUGAAAUGGCUCAGGCGUGCAUUGAAGCAAUGAAAACUCCUACAACUGUAGAUAUUCUUAGUGCACCAAAUAUCAUCAUAAACAAUAGUUUGUCUGGUGGUGAGAAAUCCAUUCACACUAUAAACACUAGGGAUAGAUCACCAAGUCCCAUCCUAUCACCCUCAACCUCUUCUAACAAGGCAAAGGUCAACUAUGCUUCUAUUGUAAAGAAAAAAUCUGAACAGCCUUCGUCAAGCACUACCGCAAAUGAAGAUUUAAUUAUUUUUGAUGUGGAAGACAAACAAUAUCAAAAACCAAUUAUCAUCAAUGACAAUGUAAGCUUAGGGGGAAGUUCUCCGGAGUAUUAAAGUGCCUUAAUUCGUUAAAUAUUUUAGUUACCAUAUAAUGAUCAUUAUUUUGUUAGUAUCUACCUAGCUCUUAUUUGUUAAACUUAAUUUAGUGUUAAUGACUGUUAUGGAUACCCUAACAAAAUCGAAUUGUAGGGCCAAAGCCGAUACAAAAGCAAUACUAUCCUUGUGCAUUUAUUAGAAAUUUUGAUCCUGAUUCUGGGGCCAUAAAAGAAACCUUUUUGAGACUCAAACAAUUGAAUGAGAAUGCCGCGCCCCGCACUAAUAACGUCAUUUCACAUUUGUUAGAGUAGGACGCUGCAUUCUCGUUCAAUUGUUUGAGUCUCAAAAUGGUUUCGUGGUCCGGCCCCUAAUUAGAAAUUAAAUUAUGUUUACCAGUGAAGAGAUUGCUCAAGAAUAUUUCUAUGAGAUA